CAAAACUCUUCAAAGAAUUCUUAUUUGGUUCGUUCGUACUUUGAAUGAUUUGUUUGAUCGAUACGAGAAAUUUCAUAGAAAUAGAUCAUGUUUCAGACAGUGAUACGAUCUACCGUAUCAAGAAAAGUGUCGAAUAAAUUAUCAACAAAAAUUACGCAUAACUUUUUAUCAAGACAUGUUUCUGUUUACUAUAAAAACAAUGUUGGAGGUUAUGACAAUGUAUAUUCUACAAGAUACAUAAAUAGAAAAAACAAUUUCUUAUUUUAUGUACCUAUUUCUUUGUAUAAUUCACAAGUUGAUUAUAUGAAUUUAGAUAAAAGUCUUACUCUUGUAGAAUUUGAAAAGAUUUCAGAUACAACUCUUGAAUCCUUAACUGAAUAUUUUGAUGAUUUGAUUGAAGAAGCUGCACACUUGGAAGAUUCAGAUGUUGCUUAUGGAGAUGGAGUACUGACUGUGAAAUUUGGCAAUCCGUAUGGAACAUAUGUUAUAAAUAGACAGACUCCAAACAGGCAAAUUUGGCUCUCUUCUCCAACAUCUGGACCAAAACGUUAUGAUUUUGUGAAGGGUAAAUGGGUUUAUAAGUACGAUGAUAAAACUUUACAUGAGCUUUUAAAUGAUGAAAUAUCAUCUAUUGUAAAAACAAAAGUAUGUUUUGACAAAUGUUCCUACAGUGGUAAAGAAUAAUAUAACAAUACCAGUAUACUUCUAUCUACUUAAGUAUAUAAAAACUGCCAAUCUAAAAAAAUAAUUUAUACUUAUGUAUAAUAUAACAUAUAUUUAUCAAAUGGAUAGAUAGUAGAAUAUCAUAAAUGUCUCUAAAUAAUAUUUAUGCAACUAAAUAGCAACUGCAUGAGAUAAUUCGAGGAACAUUAUUAAAAACAUACAUGUAAGUACUUUGGAAAAUAUUGUAAUUAUACUAUGCGUUUAACUACAAACGCUUACAUAAUUUAUUUAACGCAAGAUCUGUUUGUAAUAUAAAGCUGUACACUUUUUUAAUGUAAAUAUAGUAGUUCUAA